UGGGGAACACACAAAGCUUUAUUGAACUACGAAAGACACUCAAUCAGGACAGUUCAUGGCACUCUGCGACAUGCGGCUUGUAGGGACACCCACGGACAACAUCGGCUCACGGGGACUCAACGGGGCCUUGGCUGUGGAUUCUGGCCUCAACACAGCUCCCACACAGCUUACUAGGGACAACAUCAGGCUCACGGGGACUCAACGGGACUUUGGCUGUGGAGUCUGGCCUCAACACAGCGUACUAGGGACGACAGGCUCACAGGGACUCAGCAGGACCUUGACUAGGGGGGCUGACCUCAGCACAGCUCCCACCCAGCUUUCUAGGGACAUCAGGCUCACGGGGACUCAGCAGGUAGCGAUGGCUCAAGCACUCAGGGGCAUCCCAGGU